AUGGCGCAGUUCACUCGAUUGAACGGGCUCCGCCGUCUCCUCGGAGGCCUCUUGUCCAACCAUCAGCCACCUCCGCCGUCGAGGUUCUUCCUGGCCUAUAACAGCUCUUCCUCCUCAAUCUUCGACGACGGCGGCAGCGGCACCUCCAAUGCUCCUCCUCUGACCAUGCCGAAGCUCUUCGUCAGCGGUAAGCUCUCUCCCUCCCUCCCUCCCUCCCUCCCUCCCUCCCUCCCGAUCCCCCUCUUCUCUCUCGCUCUCUCUCUCUCUCUCUCUCUCUCCCCCUCCCUAGACGAUCGUCGUCGUUUAGAUAGCAGAUUUGGCUACUAUGUUAAUUACGGGAUUGAUUGUCGAUUAUGUGAUCUUUGAUCAAUCGCACGAUCGUUGUUCAAUAGAAAACGUGAGAGAUUAUGGCAAGAACACGAUCGAGGAGCCGAUCUGUGAUAAGAACACCCCGAUGGAGGUCUCCCCUGUCUAGAACUUGUCCCCUGUUGGCUACAUCACGACCUUAGACUGCCCUAGAGACUGAACAUUCAUCUCCAUAUCCGUUGACCUACCUCGGCUUCAGAUACCGAGCUUGACGAUUCCUUGGAAUGAUACCCUAUUGAGAGACCUGCAUCUCCUGGGGCUACUACUUGCAGGUCUGUCGAGGAUGACCACCGACGAGAAGCUCAGAGAGGCGUUCUCCCCCUUCGGCCGGCUCCUCGAAGGUACUCCCCCUCCUUGGAACUCUUAAGUCAUCUUCUUCUUCAUCGCCACCGUCCUCUGGCGGACGAGUUACGCCGGAGUUUGCGAUCUGCAGCGAAGGUAAUCACGGACAGAGUCACCGGGAGGUCCAAGGGCUUCGGAUUCGUGCGGUACGCCACCGUGGAGGAGGCCAGCAGCGCUCGGGAGGGGAUGAACGCCAAGUUCUUGGACGGGUGGGUCAUCUUCGUUGACCCCGCGAAGCCCAGGGAGCCGAGGUCUCCACCGCCGCCGCCAUCGUCGGCGCCACCGCCGUCGGAAGAAGAAGCAGGGUUCAGGGCCAACAAGACCAUCGGAUGGUGUGGCUGA